ACCCAUGAGACUAGGUCUGGGCAAAGGACAGAGGGAGUGCCUCUUGCAAGAGGCACAGGUCAGUGGGUGCUCUUCGCACAAUCCUUAACUCACGAUAGUGGAUUUAACUAAACUACUGAUUCAGUCCAUUUGUUCUGGCGGAUGGAUUUCUGACUAAAGGAAGCCUAUUAAAUUACCAAGUCAGGAGGUAAGCAGGAUUCCCAACACUAAACAUGGAUCAAAAUACCCUAAAUGACAUAGAGGGUGGACAUGAGCCGCAUGUAGAAUCAACAAAAUCCAGCAAUGUUGGUAGCAGACCAAGUGCAAAAUCCAUCUACAAUCAGAGGAAGCAGUAUGCUCAGUCUUUGUCUAAGUCCGACCACAUCUUUCGCCAUCGAGUAGAGCACCUGAUGACAUGCGAACUUGAUAAUCAACUGCGAAAUGCCCAGGAUUGCCUGAAACAUCUCCACUUGUUAGACGCAGAGGGGAAAGUUUGGGGUCAGGAAAUGAUUCUCCAGUUACAAAAUGGAGAACUGGUACUAACAGACCUGGAAUCUGGGGACAGCCUGGAAAGUAUCCCAUUGAAGACUAUAGAAAGCUGCCGUUCUGUGAUGGGUGGCCACCCUUACAAUUCUCUUUUUGUGAUUACUGUCCAGAAUCAAGAAAAUACAAGUAUUUUGCUCUUUCAGUCUGAUGAGCACCCAGCGAGCACCCUACAGAAAAAUCUGGAGAAAUCAUUGUCUGAAAGAAAAGCAGACCAGCAAAUAAAAGAUAACUUCAGAAAUAAACUACAGAACACACUAACUCAGAAUGAAUUCAACGAACGCAGUUAUUCCCCACAACAAAUUCUAUCAAUGGAUAGCCCUAAAUUAGGAAGACAAACUCCCCAGGAUACCCCCGUUCCUGAAAGAAGGUAUGAUCCCGGACCUCCAAUCUUACAACCGCCAUUAAUGACUGAUCAAAAGGCAGACACAGCACGUGACAUUGAAGUCUUGAAUCAUGUACUCACAGAUAUUGAGAUAUUUGUUGGAAAACUAAAUACAGACAAAAAGAUGAAAAAAGCAAUUCCUCAAUCGGAAUUUAUCGAAUGUCUUCAGAAGAUAAAAUACGGUUUUAAUUUAAUGGCAAAAGUCCAAGACCAGAUGUCCCAGCCAACUGCUCCAGAUUUAGUCCACAUAUUGAUGGACAACCUGCCCAAGAUCCUAUCAAAGUAUCCAGGGAAGAAUGCCGCCAGCUCUGUGCUGUCUCCUUUUCUUACACAAAGAGCAAUACUGCUUUUGAGCUCAUGUGUGACAGAUAAAGAGAGGAAACUGUGGGAGAGUUUAGGGGAUUCAUGGCUAAGAACAAGAGAAGACUGGCCUAAUGGGAAGAAUGUUCCUCCAUAUAUACCAACUUUCUAUGAUGGGUGGAUUCCUCCAGCAACCAUACCCAGUAAUGGCCAGCCAGAGAUUCAAGAAAGCAGCAAGACGCCACCCACCAACCGACAUUUCCAGCCAGUUCAAAUGAAAGUUGCUUAUGACUUUGAAGCUAGAAAUGAACGUGAACUGUCAGUGAAGAAAGGAGACAAUGUUAAGGUUCUAGAUCAGAGCCGGCAAUGGUGGAUGGUUGAGAACUCUCAGAAGCAGAGAGGAUUUGUACCAAACAACAUAUUGGAGAGUACAAAUAAUAACCAGCAGGUUCCAAUACAAGCAGUAACUUUGGGACAAAACUCUACACCACAGGAAGUGACUAAAUGGCUACAAGAUAAAGGCUUCUCAAGGAUCACAGUAAGGUGCCUUGGAGUUUUAAGAGGGGAUCAACUAUUGGACUUAAGUCGCGAUGACCUGAAAGCUGUUUGCCCUGAAGAGGGUGGUCGUGUGUAUUCACAACUCAAUGAACUUCGACUUUCCUUACCGAUGGCAAAGCUUAUGAACUGACUCAGGAAGUUUUUGCCAGACAUUUCUAACAGAAGCCAAGUUGAAACCCUAUAAGGACACUUUUGUACUGAGCUGUGCAUGAUUAGUGUAAUUUAUUGCUGAUUUGUAUUUGAAAUUUUAUUUCAAUAAAUUAUCUACCUGCAGGGAA